GAGGCUCGCGCAGCAGCCGCGGCGGUGAUGCCACCGCCACUGCCACCAAAUCUAACACUGGUGCAAGGAGGAGCGAUGGCGCAACGAGGAGCGCCACCACAGGCAGCUGCAGUGAUCAAAGGCUUGAGUUUAGCCAAAGCGGGAGGAGCCCGAAGAUUACAAGUGCAUUCUGAUUCUCAAAUGGUGGUCGGGCAGUUUCAGGAGGGGUUUGAAGUUAAGGAGGACCGGAUGCAAAAGUAUGUGGACGAGAUGAGGAAGUUGAAAGAGGAGUUUGAUUCAUUCGAGCUGAUACAAAUCCCUCGAGGAGAAAAUGGUCGAGCGGACCUGUUAUCGAAAAUUGCUCAAAGCUUGGUGGAUUGUAAGAGCAGAAGUGUCACCUUAUUGCAUCUUGAAAAGAGUGUGGUCGAAGCGGAAGUGGAAGAGAUUGAGGAAGUGGAGGAUUGGAGGGCCCCGAUCCUGGAAGAACUGAAAGGGGGAACGAUAAAGGCGAUGAGGAGAUUUUUUGAAUAUGGAGGCAUUCUUUACAAACGGUCGUAUGCGGGACCGCAUCUGUGUUGUGUUACUAAGGAGGAAGGUCGAUAUGUGCUGAGAGAGAUGCACGAGGGAUGCUGCAGUAAUCAUAGUAAGUCAGGGGCCUUGGUUGCAAAGAUUUUGAGGGCAGGAUAUUUCUGGCCGACGAUGAGGGAGGAUGCGAAGGUGAUGGUGAAGAAAUGCUUACAAUGCCAAAAGCAUGGCCCCCUUAUUCACCAAUCGGCAGAAGCAAUGACGACGAUGAGUGCCCCUAUACCAUUCGUCCAAUGGGGUAUCGACCUGGUGGGGCCGAUGCCUCAGGGAACGGGGCAGAGAAAGUUUUUGAUAGUGGCGGUUGAUUAUUUCACAAAGUUGGUGGAGGCCGAACCCUUGGCGAAGAGUACGGAGGAGAAAGUAAUUAAAUUUCUAUACAACAACAUUUGCUCCCGGUUUGGCGUGCCCAAAGUGUUGAUUUCCGACAAUGGUACUCAGUUCAAUGGCAAGCGGAUUCGAGCAUGGUGCGAAGACAUAAAAAUCGAGCAACACUUUGCCUCCGUUGCUCAUCCGCAAGACAAUGGCCAGGUCGAAGUAACCAACCGAAUUAUACUGAAUGGGCUGAAAACAAAGCUGGAAAAGGCCUCGAGAGCAUGGGUCGAUGAGUUGAGCUCGGUACUUUGGGCGUAUCGCACAACCCCGAGGUCGACAACAGGAGAAACCCCUUUCAGUUUAGCUUAUAGAAUGGAAGUGUUGCUGCCGGUCGAGGUCGAGCUAUCAUCCCAGAG